UUUAAGAAUUAACCACAGUCUACUUACAAUACUUACACCAAUUGGAAGUUUAUUUUUACACAACUAUUUGAAAUAUAGUUCAAUUGGUAGAAUUUUAUUAAUUUAGUAUAUUUUUAUAUAAAAGAAAAAAACAUCACAACAACAAAAUGUUUACAAAGUUGGCCUUAUUAUCAUUAGUUGCUUUGGCUUGGGCCAAACCCCAACAUCCAGCUGCUCAAUAUCCAGCUGGUGUAAAUCCUCAGGACUGUCCCGGUUUCCCUAUCUGUGAUAAUGCUCGUCUGCAUAAUCCCAAUAAAUGGCAACAACCCGCUCCCUGGCAACCACAACCCCAAUGGGGUGCUCCUCAACCACAAUGGGGUGCACCACAACCUUCAUGGCAGCCUCAGCCACAAUGGGGUGCUCCAGCAGCAGCUCCCGGUGGUGACAAAUAUCCAGCUGGUGUAAAUCCCCACUCCUGCCCCAACUAUCCCUUCUGUGAUGUUAAUGCUGGUGGUGCUGGCGCUCCUGCUCCUCCUCUACCUGGCUGGACUGAACGUCAAUACCCUGCUGGAGUUAGUCCUCAUACCUGUCCCAACUUCCCCUAUUGCAAUUAAGAGAGUUUUGCGUAAGAUUUUCGAAAUCGAAUUUAACUGCCAAGUCUUCCCUUUUUUCCCAACUAUCGCUCUCCCUCUCUUUAUCUCUCACUCAUCUAAACUCAACUGUGUGCUGUUGUUUGAUGUUUAAUUACUUUCAUUCUUCAUUUCUCCUUUUGCAAUGAAAUCUCAAAAAAAAAUAUUUGUAAAUAUUUUAAAAAUUAUAUAAAAAUAAUACAUUUUAAUAAAAGAAUUUUAGAAAAUUUUAGCCUCAAAAAAUUUAUAAUUAAAUAAACUAAUGAUUGUUGUUGGUAUAAUAAAGACCACAAAUUCUUUUAAAAAAAUAUAAGAAUAA